GGAAGUUUGUUCUCUCUGCGUGGCUGAGAAGUUUUUCACCUACUAGGACGGGGUGUGGGGUGGGAGUGGGGACAGGUGUCCCCCUGAAAUAGAGCGCAAGCUGCAGCCUGCGUCUGGCCGUAACCCAGAAGUAACGUCAGAAAGAGGUGAGAAUGACCACUUUAACUCACCGAGCCCGUCGCUCUGAAGUAGGGAAGAACUCUGAAAAGAAGGUGGAAAGUGAGGAAGACACUAAUCAAGGGAGAAUUCAAGACAAUGAGGACCCUGGAGACUCUAAGGAUAUCCGCCUCACCCUUAUGGAAGAAGUAUUGCUCCUGGGACUAAAAGAUAAAGAGGGUUACACAUCUUUCUGGAAUGACUGCAUAUCAUCUGGCCUGCGAGGGGGCAUCCUGAUAGAGCUGGCCAUGCGAGGUCGAAUCUAUCUAGAACCCCCCACCAUGCGUAAGAAGCGACUACUAGACAGAAAGGUACUGCUAAAGUCAGACAGCCCAACAGGUGAUGUUUUACUGGAUGAAACUCUCAAACACAUCAAAGCAACUGAACCCACGGAAACUGUCCAAACAUGGAUAGAGCUACUCACUGGUGAAACCUGGAACCCUUUCAAAUUACAGUACCAGCUGAGAAAUGUAAGAGAGCGAAUUGCAAAGAACCUAGUAGAGAAGGGUAUUCUAACCACUGAGAAGCAGAAUUUCCUCCUAUUUGACAUGACUACUCACCCAGUGACCAAUACAACAGAAAAACAGCGACUAGUGAAAAAACUUCAAGAUAGUGUCCUAGAGCGGUGGGUAAAUGACCCUCAGCGUAUGGACAAGCGAACACUAGCACUGCUGGUGCUGGCCCACUCCUCUGACGUGCUAGAGAAUGUCUUCUCCUCUCUGACAGAUGACAAGUAUGAUAUGGCAAUGAAUCGAGCAAAGGACCUGGUAGAACUGGACCCUGAGGUUGAGGGGACAAAGCACAGUGCCACAGAAAUGAUCUGGGCUGUACUGGCAGCCUUCAAUAAAUCCUAAAGCCAGCAGAUGGGUUUCUCCUUUUCCCUUGCUGGUCAGUGACUGUCAGACACACCAUCACUGAAUUUUGUGUGAUGAGAUGUUUUUCAUCAUUUUUUUUUCCUUUUCUUGAAUCAGACUUGUGAUUUGGGGAAAGCAUCUUCCGGGCUCCUCCACAGACCUUGACUAUCAUAAGCAGACUUUGUUUCUCUCUAUACUUCCACUCCAGAGGUGAAUAAAUGGGGUGAACCCACAUACACCCAAUAAACAUUUUCUCUCAUUUCUUUGUUUACUUUCAUCCAGUGUGCUUUUGGAUAAGCAGGAAUACCUAAGUGAAAUUUGGAGUUCUCUAGCCACAGAAUGUGAAUGAGAUGUAGAGCAAACCAUUUAUCACACUUUUUAAAGUUUGUUUUCUAUCUUAAAUACAUGUUUUCAGUCUGUCUCUCAGGCUCUGCUAAGUAGUGUAGCUUACUGAAAUAAGUGUCUCGUUGAAUAAGGGACAAUAACCACAAAACUGAUUUCUGGAGCUGUUGGUCUUUGGGAUUGUCCUGCUAAUGAUUUUCUCUUCUUUUCUCUUCUAACCUAAUGAGAAUAUUCCAAAUUUAAUUACUUGGUUCUCAUAGUCCUAGAACCAGAAAUGCAUUCUAUACUUUCUUUUAGCAUUAUCCUACUCCAUCAUUCAUUAGGACAAAAGUCAAAAUGAAAAAAAUGUAUCUCUCAACCACCUCCUUCAUGCAGUCAGCAUUACAGUUUGUAAGGGAGGGAGGUGCCAUCAGAAUUUCCAGUCUUUAGCACUAGACUGUCUUGAUUCCUCCAGACUCCUUUAAAUGUCUCUGCUCUGAUUGAAUUUAGGGAGUUGUAAAUUUCAGCUGCUGACUAGCAGUAUCCUGAGUCCAGACAGUAACAGUAUCUAAUCUUUAGAUCUUUUUUGUUCCCUAUUUGGCUUCCUACAUAAAUCGAUAUAUUCUGUCUAUAUUAAGGGUUCUGGAUGUAGUUUUGUCUGUAUCUAACCCACAGAUACCAUGCUAGUCAUUAGUCUUGUCUCAACACAACUGUCUUUCCAACCAAUUCUCUAAAACAUUUUUCAAUUCAGAAGUGAGUGCAAAGAGAAGUUUAUUAAGAAAAAUCCCAUUUAUAAGGGCAAUUUGAUGUUAAAAGUAUCCUGAUACAAAGUCCAGUAUUUGGGCCUAUAAAGAGGACAGGCACCAAACUUUGCUAACAUCAAGCAUUUAUUAUGCUGAUACUUUUAAUGGAUCUUGGCUCUUGGCCGCUACAAAGGCUGUCAAAGGGCUAAUACAGAUGACCCAGACCUGAUACCACUUUUUCCUGAUCAGAAGUAAUUAAGUGAAUGAUUUUAACUUUCAUCUCCUCCCCUAAACCUGUCUAUCCCCACAAAACUCCCCAACACAAUUGACUUUUUUUGCUUGUUUUUCACUUCAGGUAUUGCUUAGGUGACUAGAGAUACAACUUAAAGUGAAACAAACUUUUAAACGCGAAGCUGAGUAGAGCUUCAGUCUGGCUCUCUAAAAGCACAAUAACCAGUCCAUGUGUUAUCUCUACCUUGCCUUAGUUUUUCUUUCCAUUUGAACAAUUCGGCAUGAAUUGAAAUCAGGUUUUCCUGUGGAAAGUUUCAGCUUGAUAGGGGUGGGUAGAAGCUGAGUUCUGUCUAGCAACUCAUGGUCAGUGUUUAUUUUUAUAUUGUAUCUUAAUAAGAUGAGGAUGCCUUCAGUUUGAGUCUGCAUAAUGUUCACUGCAAAAUGUCUUUUCAUUUAAUGCAUAUGGCCUUCACAUUUCUGUAUAAUAAAGAUUAUUGGCUUUUUGGUCUCUC